AUGGGGCACCAUCCCAUGGGUUGGGCUCCCAGACAGGAUGCAAAGGAUAAGAGAAUUCCAGCAUGCCUAGGUUUCUGCAGUGCUGGUACUAAAGUGGCCAACGGGGCACAAAACAAAUUGGAAGAUCAUAGUGAUGAUGAUGGCAGAAGUGAUGGUGGAGGUGUGGACAGUGGUGGAGGUGUGGACAGUGGAGGUGGAGGUGUGGACAGUGGUGGAGGUGUGGACAGUGGAGGUGGAGGUGUGGACAGUGGAGAAGGUGUGGACAGUGGAGGAGGUGUGGACAGUGGUGGAGGUGUGGACAGUGGAGGUGGUGUGGACAGUGGAGGAGGUGUGGACAGUGGUGGAGGUGUGGACAGUGGAGGAGGUGUGGACAGUGGAGGAGGUGUGGACAGUGGAGGAGGUGUGGACAGUGGAGGAGGUGUGGACAGUGGAGGAGGUGUGGACAGUGGUGGAGGUGUGGACAGUGGAGGUGGAGGUGUGGACAGUGGAGGAGGUGUGGACAGUGGUGGUGGUGAUGGUGGUUGUGUUGAUGGUGAUGCUGUUACUAACAAAUUUUAG